UGUUGCUACUGCUGGAGGGUCAGGCUACAACAGGACACAGUUUCAUAUGUUGUGAGCUGACUUUGCUGAGAAUCAGACCAGGUUUACCACACUGAUCAGUUUGGCUGCAUGUGUGGAGAUGCAGCAAAGCAGCAGCAGCAGUGUGACCGAGUUUCAGCAGCUGUGGGGAAGCUGGACCACCCUGCUGAACCGCCUUUAUGAUGACCCCAAGGUGUCACAGCUGAUGAAGACGAGAAUCGGGCUGUACCUCAGCAGCCACCCUGUCGCAGCUCUGGCAGUGUUGCUGUUCAGCGCCAUGGCUGCACUGCCUGUUGGGCUUUUCCUCACUUUUGCUCUUGUGAUCACUAUUAUGUCUGCAGUCGGUUUUGUUUUCUUUGAAAUGUUCCUGCUGUUUGUAGGAGGGUUGAGCCUGCUGUGUGUGCUCUCCGGCAUCGCCCUCUUCUCCGUCAUGGUUUCAUUCAUCUUUAAUGUGUUUUAUGUCACCAUCUCCAACAUCCUCAAACCGUAUUACCAACAUCUGACAAAGGGGAAGGAGAGGGAAACUUCAAAGCUGGAGGAAAUGCAGUAGUUCGAAUCUUCUUCCCUCUCGUUUGUCAGCUUUGAUGUGGGAAAGCUCAAAAUCGCCGAGUGUACAGAGGCCUUAAAUCAGCACCACUGAAGCUUGGACCCUUGGAUGUACUGAAUGGUGGCUUGAGCCUGGGAUCUGCAGAUUUAAGAGAGUCUCUAAGCACAAAGACUCCCUGAUGGUUACUGUCUUUCUAUCUUUAUAUAUAUGGUGCAGCGAGGAUAAAAAGUUUACAACAGCCAAAGGUGAGGUACAUGAUAUAACUAAUUUUUCAACCGCCUCAAUAGUCAAAUACUGAAGACUUAUUUUAGUCUAAUCUGUACCUGUUUUAAAUGUCAUCCUGGAAAGGCAGCUUGUGUAAAAGAGGUUGUUAAUUGAUGUACUCUGUCCAAAAAGGACCUGCACUAUUCCACUGUGGAUUAUGGCUGUCAAUCUGCGAAUGCAUGUGUAUGUUUUGUAUGUCUGUAUAUACCUGAUGCGAUGCUUAUUAGGCAGAAAAUGCACUACAAAAUGACUGUUACAUGUUCAUGUUUACCUUAAAAGAGCACAAUGUUGUACAUUCGUCACGCAGCUUUGAAUAAAUGCUCAUCACAGUUCAUGUUUGCGCUGUUUACCUCCUGUUCUGACAGAGAUGGAGAGAGGUCUUUGAAAUAUGAUGGAUCCAAAACAAUGUAUUCUUGCUGCUAGCUCAUUAGCUGCUAUAAAAGCAGUGUGUUCAGCUCAAUGCACUGUAGUGUGUAUUUUGGUUGUGAGCUACUACGCGUGAUUUAUUUGGCAUGACUGCUGUCUUUUUUCAGUAUUUCUGAGCAUGUCUUACCCUUUUUCCUGUCACUUUUUUCAUUGGGGAAGUUUCUUUUUGAAUAGGUGAGUGGGACGAUGGGUGUGAAAUGUUUUUGAACGUGUGUAUGCAACAUGCAUGUACCGCUUACUCAAUGUGAUCACAUAUGAACGCUGCCUCACACGUUC